AUUUUGGGGACACAGCGAGUGGAGACAGGUGUAGCUCUACUGGAUCUUGAAACAUUGCUAGAGAUACUUUAUAUGCAAAAGAAGCACAAAUGGCCAAAAGUCUUUUCUACAUCCUAGUGAUCAUUCUCUAGGAGAAUUUCCUCUGGAAAGCCCAGCAAUAUCUAAAACCAUACUGUCUUCUUUGAUUUCUGUACAUAUUCAGCUAUUUUUUUGUUCCUGUUACUUUCAGUGGAUGUGUCAUCUUCUAAGCCAUUCCACAGAGGACCAUAAUAUGCGCCAUGACUCGCAGCAACCUUACCGUCUUCCACCCCACAGUUUUUGUCCUGCUUGGCAUCCCUGGGCUGGAGGCUUACCAUACUUGGUUGUCAGUUCCCCUCUGCCUCAUGUAUGUCACUGCAGUCCUGGGGAACAGCCUCUUGAGUGUCAUCAUCACAGAGCGUAACCUCCAUGAACCCAUGUAUGUUUUCCUCUCCAUGUUGGCGAUCACAGACAUACUUCUGUCUACCAGUACUGUGCCCAAGGCCCUAGCCAUCUUUUGGUUCCACUGCCGUCACAUUGCCUUUGAUGCUUGUGUCACCCAAGUCUUCUUUGUCCACACUAUGUUUGUAGGGGAGUCAGCAAUCCUGUUAGCUAUGGCCUUUGACCGCUUUGUGGCCAUCUGUGCCCCCCUGAGGUAUACAACGGUGCUAACGUGGCCUGUUGUGGGAAGAACUGCUCUGGCCAUUGUCACCCGAAGCUUCUGCAUCAUCUUCCCAGUGAUCUUCUUGCUGAAGCGGCUGCCCUUCUGUCGAACCAACAUUAUCCCCCAUUCCUACUGUGAGCACAUUGGAGUGGCCCGCUUGGCCUGUGCUGACAUCACUGUUAACAUCUGGUAUGGCUUCUCAGUGCCCAUUGUCAUGGUCAUCUUGGACGUGAUCCUCAUCGCUGUGUCUUACUCACUGAUUCUCCGAGCGGUGUUUCAUCUACCCUCCCAGGAUGCUCGGCACAAGGCCCUCAGCACGUGCGGGUCCCACUUCUGUGUCAUCCUCAUGUUUUACGUUCCAUCUUUCUUCACCUUAUUGACCCACCGAUUUGGGCACAACAUUCCCCGUCAUGUGCAUAUCCUGCUGGCCAAUCUUUAUGUGGUGGUGCCUCCGAUGCUCAACCCCAUUGUCUACGGUGUGAAGACUAAGCAGAUCCGGGAGGGUGUGGCCCACUGGUUCUCUGAUGUGAAGACUUGGUGCUGUGCCGCCCCUCUGGGCUGAUGG